UACUCUAUUUCUCAUCGUUCGUCCGCCUAGAACGCAUGUCGUCGUUGGCAGAUGCCCUUAUCCCCCCGGAGACGUACAACGAUGUGAAAGAAGAAAAACAUGAAGCCUCACAUUCCCCGGCCGCCGAUCUCUUUGGGGACGAUGUGGAGAUGCAGCCCAAGUCCGAGGGUGAGGGCGGCAAGGACGAGGACGAGCAGGAUGAGCCAAUGGAGGACCUCUUUGGUGAAGAUAACGAGGUGACGGCAUCCAGAGACGAAAGUGCCGCAUCUCCCACUCCUUCGGGUCAUGUCUCAGAUGGCUUAUCAUCUGAUGAGCGGAGGAGGCGUCAAGAGCUCGAGUACGGGGAAGAGGACGAGCCUCAGCCGGAGUAUGAACAAGUGUUGGAAGCUGCAGUGCAGAUCCCGAACAUCCCGGUACCAAAGAGCUCGGAUGGUAACUUCUGGGUUAUCCGUAUGCCCAAUUUCGUCCAAGUUGAUUCAAAGCCGUUCCACCAUGAGACAUACAUGGGUCCUGAGAACGAAGAUGAAGACGGUCCCCAACCUGAGACUGUACGGGAGAAGAGUAUGUCUAUCAAACUCAAAGUAGAAAAUACGGUAAGGUGGCGGUGGAUCAAGGAUGAAAAUGGCCAAUACCGGAGGCAAUCAAAUUCAAGAGUCAUUCGGUGGUCAGACGGCUCGCUUAGCUUGCUGCUAGGCAAAGAGCUCUUUGAUAUCAGUCAAACAAUCGAUACUUCCGGAACUAUCCCCCGACAGUCGCUCGGCAGUUCACAACCCACCCAGAGCUCGCAGAGUACCCAACCAACGCAGCCCGCCACGCCCGGACCUAAAUCGCAAGGUCUCACCUACCUGGUUGCGCAGCACAAGCGUGCCUUCAUCCUCCAGUCCGAAGCAGUCGUUACUGGCUACAUGUCUUUGCGUCCGACGGGCAUGCAAUCCGAGACUCAUCGCAUGCUGGUGCGGGCUGUUGGGCAGAAACACAAUAAAGUGGCGCGGCUGCGUAUGGCGCCCGACCCAACCAUGGAUCCUGAGCGUGAAAAGAUGGAGGUCAUGAAGACGCAGUCCAAGAAGCCGAAGAAGAUCAGGACGAUGGAAGAUGAUGGUUUCGGUCCUCACCGUAGACGUCGUAGUGGCGUAUCCCGGAAGCGGUCUGGUGAUAUGAUGUGGUCCGACGAGGACGACGAUGAGGAUAUAUUCGAGGCUUCUGAGGACGAGGUUGGUGGGAUGGGCAGUCCCCAGAGGUCGAAGAAGAAAGCAGCGCCGUCGGAUCAACGCAAGGGUGGUGGCGACUAUAUGCCAGAUGACUUCCUUGUGGCAGAUUCGUCAGAAGAGGGUGACGCCGCAUCUGAUGAUGGGGGUCCGAAAAAGAAACGGCGGCGCGGCGCUCACGACGACGAAGGUGAAGAGGAUGAUUUGGAGAAGUUAGAAGCUAAAAUCGAAGAGGAUGAGAGAAAGCGUAGACGGCAAGAACCAAGUGCAUCGGCCGCAGCGGGUGCAGGGGGUGGCGAUGAGCCUGAACCUGAGGGUGCCGAUGAAGCCAUGGACGUCGAGAGUGAAGAAGAGGAUGACGAAGAGGCCAGGGUGCGGAAGGCGGGCACCGGGUCUCGCAAGAAACGAGCCGUGGUGGAUUUCGACGAGGAUGAGGAAGAGUGAUUCGAAUUUCGGACAUCUUGCGCGACGUCCGGUCCAUUGUAUACGUCCUCUUUCUUGCUACAGUUUUGAUAUUACGACUGUUCCAUCAUCCUGCGUUGCUGAAAUAUACUUUUGGCCUCGGUUGCGAAGCUCAUAUGAUCAUGU